AGGUGUACGAUGAUUACGAAUUCAUGGCCGACAAAAGAUGUCAGGAAUAAACAAUGAUGCGAGGAUCUACAUCAUGAUUUCUCGUUCUUCUAAAGGAGUUAGGAGAUGAAUUCGAAGGAGCAGCAAAAUGAGAGCUUAAAUGACCGAGAUGUUGAAUUUUUUUAUCGACCAGGCGGAAAAAGAACAGAUGGGUUAAAGGCAGCAGACAUCGUUCCUAUUCUACGGGAACGGGUGGCUUAUCUUUCAGGGGGAAGAGAUAGGCGAGGAGGGGCUAUUUUGACAUUUCCCUCCCUCACCCACCCAGAAAAACUUGAUGCAGAUGAUUUGAGACGCCUCAUGACCUAUUUGGCUAGUGUACCUAGCAAUGAGGUUCGAGAAAGGGGGUUUACCAUGAUCAUUGACAUGAGAGGAUCAACAUGGCAGAUCGUCAAACCUAUAUUAAAAGUACUGCAGGACUGUUUUCCUGACAGUAUAAACAUUGCUUAUAUAAUCAAACCAGAGAAGUUUUGGGAGAAGAAGAGAACUAGUCUUGGAAGUGCCAAAUAUAAUUUUGAAACAUGUAUGAUCUCAGUUGAUGGUUUAUCAAAGUUCAUCGACUGUUCACAACUGACUCGAGAGUUUGAAGGGAGCUUAGAGUACAACCAUGAACAGUGGAUACAGUUAAGAUUGAUGCUUGAAGAAUUCAUAUGGAAGGCUCUAGACCUGCUAGACAAGUUGGAUGACCUUGGUGAGAUUCUGACCAAUCCUGAGCUUCCUGAGGACCUGAGUGGUGCCCAGUACCGCCUGGAGGAACACAACCACCUGAAGAGGCGGGUCCAGAUGGCCCCUGUGGAACAGCUGGCAAUGGAGGGACACAGAAUCUUACAGGAAAUCACGGGGGAGGGACAGCAGCAUGGUCGGAGGUUUGUGAUCUCCGGAACAGCUGAUUUCCAGAGCUCCGUGCCCCAGAUCUCGCAGCUCCUGGACAGGAUGCACGGCACCAAACAACACCUGAACCAGCUGUGGCAGGUCAAACGUCUACGCCUCGAGCAGUGCCUACAGCAGAGGAUAUUUGAGGAAGAUGUAGAGAAGAUGUUUGACUGGAUUGCCAACAACAGAGAUUUAUUCUUGGUCAAUUACACUGAGAUUGGAAACUCCCACCAGAUGGCCGUAGAACUGAACAGUGAACACACCCAGUUUGCCAAUAGUGCUGUGAAUGUUUAUGUAAACAUCAAGAGAAUCCUGGGAAUGGCCCAGCGCUUGUGUGAUGCCGGACAUUAUGCAUCAAACACAAUCCGCAUGCAGGCGGGUCAGUUAGAGAGGGAGUGGAAAAGCUUAGCAGCAGCGGUGGAGGAUCGUAGUGUGGUGUUGAACAUGUCAGUAAACUUCUACAAAAAAGCCGAACAGUACCUUGCCCAGGUGGCUGGCUGGAGACAAGCCUGUGAAGAUGACCACAUCCCUGUGGAGAUAGAGGACCUGGAGAUGGCUCUACAGCAGCACCAGAACCUGACUGAAGUCAUCUCACAGUGCUACACCGAUGUUUGUCGAGAUGGAAAGCAGCUGUUGGAGACAUUGCAGACACCAGUGACCUCUAGCAGCAUCAACAGUAUCACCGCCAAGGCAGACUACUCUGAAGCAUCAGGACAUGUGCUGGAUGUCAUCCAUGAUGUGUUAGCACACCAGAGACACUUGGAACAGAUGUGGCAUUCAAAGAGAGUGAAACUUCACCAGAGACUUGGACUGAGGCUGUUCCAGCAGGACGUGAAACAGGUUAUAGAUUGGUUAGAAAACCAUGGAGAUGUCUUUCUUAAGAAAAAUACCUCAAUUGGUCGAAGUCUUCAAAGAAGUAAAGCCCUGCAGAAGAGUCACCAACAUUUUGAAACCGUCGCUAAAAAUACCAUCACCAAUGCUGACAAGCUUUUAUCAGCUGCUGAUGAGCUUGCCCACACAGGAGAGUGUGACCCCAAGGAGAUUUACCGCGAGGCCCAGGAUUUACAGCAGAGAAUGGGCAACUUUCUGACCGCCCUGGAGCGGCGUAAGGCCACCAUUCAAAUGGCCGUUGAUUUCUACACACACGUUCAUGAGUUGACAUCCUGGCUGGAGGACCUACAGCAGGAGUUACAGAGCUCAGAGAUAGCUGACACGGUGGAAGGGGCAGAACAGCUGCUUGACCAGUUCAAUCAGCAAAGGGAGAUCACCAUAGAGUCCGCCAUCAACACUGUCAGUGAGGGGGAAAACCUGUUGGAAGAAAUAAGGGUGUUCAGUGCUGAGCCAGACAAGAUAAACCAGAAUGCAGAUUAUACACAUAUUGAAGGUGUCCUGAGGCAAUUGAAUGACAGUAGAACCCAGCUAGAAGAACUGUGGGCCAACAGGAAGAUGAAGCUGGACCUGUGUCUACAGCUCAGACUGUUUGAGAGAGAUGCUUUGGAGGUAUCUGCUCAGCUGGAGCUAUGGGCGGAGGAGCUUCAACAUCAAGACUUGAUGUCCGACGGAGCUAAGUCAGAACAACAACUCCAGCUCCAUAAUGACAGCGUGCUACACAUGCAGAACUGUACAUUUGACGUCCUCCAGAGGGGACAAGAUAUCAUACAGAUAUUUGAAACAAGUGGGAUUCAGUUGAUGGCUGACCCUCAGUACGAUGCUCAGUCCAGAAUCCAGGCGCUCAUGGAGUACCUCAGAGAGCGAGAGCUGGAUCUGGAGACUAUUGCCGAGUCCAAGAGGCUGAGGCUGGAGCAGGGGGUGCAGCUACAGAACUUUGAGGUGGAGGCCAGACAGGUGAUCUAUUGGAUAGAAAACGGAAAAUCUAUGUUGGUCAGCAGCUUUAUCUGUCCGAACUCCUUGAUGGAGGCAGAUCAGUUGAGGAAGGAACACGAACAGUUUAUGCUGGCUAUUGAGAAAACCAACAUAAGUAUGGCUCAAGUGACAAACCGGGCGGAGAAUAUGAUUCAGAACAACCACUACAACUCGGACCUGGUGCGAGCCAUUGCGGAGAACGUGACAGUAGCGUGGCAGCAGCUCAUGUACCACACAGAGGAGAGGCACAAGUUAGUGAUGGCCUCCAUGAACUGGUACAAAACUGCUGAACAGGUGUGGUCAGUGCUGGAGAGUCUUGAGAGGGACUACAGAAGGGACGAGGACUGGUGUUCUAACGAGCGAGUGGCCGCUGGAGAAAAGUCCGCUUUCCUCCUACAGCUGAUCAACAAACACAAUGAGCAGAAGGAGGCCUUCCUCAAGGCAUGUACCCUGGCCAGAAGAACUGCUGAAGCUUUCCUGAAGUAUGUCAACAGGAACUUGUACACAUUUGGAGCUCAGAUCAAAUACAGGACACCAGAUCCAGGAAAACAUGUCAAAGCUUGCCUGGAGCAGUUACUUCAUCAAGAGGACUACGUGCUGGAGAACUGGACAGAGAAGAAGAAGAAGCUGGAACAGUGUCACCAGUACAUCCUGUUUGAGCAGAGUGCUAGACAGGCCAUAGACUGGAUCUGUGACUAUGGGGAGGCUUACCUGGACAGUCACAAGACUGUGGGCUCCAAUCAACAGGAGACAGAGACCUUACUGAAGGAGCACUACGAGUUCAGAACCAGGGCAAAGGAUACAAAAGAAAGUGUUAAUUUACUCUUACAACUGGCUGAUGGAUUUGUGGCCAAGGGAAACCUCCAUGCAGCAAGCAUCAGACAAUGGUGUACAGCUGUGGACAAGCGGUACAAAGACUUCUCCUCUCGCAUGGACAGAUAUAGACACAAGUUGGAGUCCAAGCUGGGAGUCAAGGAACAGGUGCCUGAACCAAAAGAAGAACAGAGACAUAGUGAUUCUUCACUGGAAGACAAAGUUCUAAAUCAGGCUCCCAAAGAACUGACAGAGGAAAAACGCAGAUCAGCCAGGAAGAGAGAAUUUGUGAUGGCAGAACUUUUACAGACAGAAAGAACAUAUGUCAAAGAUUUAGAAGUUUGCGUCAAGACUUAUUUGAAUGAAGCCAUGGAACCAGACAACAAUGUCCCUGCAGGCAUAAUGGGAAAACAUAAAAUCAUCUUCUGUAACCUAGAAGAAAUUUAUGACUUCCACAAAAAUAUCUUUUUAAAAGAGUUGGAGAAAUAUGAAACAAUUCCUGAAGAUGUCGGCCAUUGUUUUGUUACCUGGGCUGAGAAGUUCUCCAUAUACGUAACCUACUGUAGAAACAAACCGGACUCCAAUCAGCUGCUGGUCGAAAAUGCAGGCUCAUUUUUUGAGGAAGUCCAAGGCAAACACAAGCUGAAUGAGCCGCUCGCUUCAUACCUGAUUAAACCUGUUCAAAGAAUCACCAAGUAUCAACUGCUGCUCAAAGAUCUACUGUCAUGCUGCGAGGGUCAUAACGGGGAAAUCAAGAAUUCGUACAAUAGUUUAAGGAAAGCCCUGCAGACAAAGGACUCACUGAGGUACUAUGAGAUCCUGGAUGGACUUGAGGUGAUGAUGAACGUCCCGAAGCGGGCCAAUGAUGCGAUGCACCUGAGCCUGUUGGAGGGUCUGGAGGAGAAGCCGGAGGCCCUGGGGGAUGUCUUCCUCCAGGACCAGUUCACCGUGUGGGACCCCAAACAGCUGAUCAAGAAGGGCAGGGAGCGACACCUGUUCCUGUUUGACAUGUGUGUCAUCUUCUCGAAAGAGAUGAAGGACAGCAAUGGGAAGGCCAAAUAUCAAUACAAGUUCAGGCUCAUGAUAUCUGAUAUAAACAUCACAGAACACAUUGAGGGUGAUGAGACCAAGUUCGCACUUUGGACUGGCAGAGUACCCAUGUCAGAUUACAGAAUCAUCCUCAAGGCCAAGGACCUAGACACCAAGCAAAACUGGGUCAAGAAGCUCCGUGAGUUUAUGACGGAGAGAAUGCAGUUCAUACCGAAGGCCCUAAAGGACAAGCCUGCCAUGCUGUUCAAACCUUCCAAUAUUAAACCCCUGCAGGCCUCAAAGGCACAUCUACUGGCCUUCCCGAAUAGGGACAUUGGAGAUGUGUCCUUUGAUGACUCCCUGCCCAUUGAGAGGAGAGGGUCUCUGACCUCCAUGAUCUCCAUGACAACCACCAUGACAACAGACAGCAGCAGUAGUGGAGGAGAAACCAACAGGGGUGAUAUCACUAUAGUGCUUGAAGACUACUCCGCUGGCAACAACUCAGAGGUCACUGUAUCUAAAGGUCAGCAUGUGGAAAUCCUGGACCCGGCACCAAAAGGAGAACCCAACUGGUGCCUUGUUCGAGUGCUCAAUAUGGAAGAUGGAGAACCAGCAGAGGGACUGGUCCCCAUUUCAUCCCUCAAACCGAUUCCUGCAUUGAAACAACAUGGAAACCGAGACAGUAUGGGAGAUGAAGAUACUGAAGGAUCCACCAGCGCCUCCCCUGUUCCAAAGAGAAGAGCAGCCAGCUUUAAAAAAUGGUUGACAGCUCCUAAACGAGUGAGUCAGAGCAAGCUACCAGGCCCACCCCUGUCAGAAAACAAACCAAGGCUACCAAUAAAACCAGUGCUGCAUAGGAGACUGGAACAAGGAGAACAGGAAGUGAUAACAGCUACUAAUGCAGUCCCUACCCAGGCUCCAAAACCAUUACCUUUCAAGGCCAGUGUAGCGGCAGAGUCCCCCUUGGAAGCAGAAGGGGAUAGGUCUCCAGAUGAGACCGAGGAGAUUGCCAUGCCUCCACCUAUGCAGCCAUUUGAUUCCCUUCCCCUAAUUUCUGAGGGAAACUCGGCCUCCAUUGGACCAGCAUCGGCUGCCACCAUGGAGAAAAUGUUCAAAGACAUGGACAUUAAUAAUGGUGACAAGGAGGACGCUGCAGGUCAGGGUGCCUCAGAACUAGGAGGGGAAGUGGAGAGUGAAACCAAUCAGGAGGCAGAGAGGGAAAAGAAUGUGACCAAGCGGAGGUUUGUGAUGCAGGAACUGUUGGAAACAGAAAAUGAUUAUGUUAAGGAUCUGGGACUGGUUGUUGAUGGUUACAUGGAAUACAUGAAAGAAAACCCUAUUCCACCAGAUAUGGAAGGAAAGGACAAAAUAGUGUUUGGAAAUAUUCACCAGAUUUACGAGUGGCACAAAGAAACAUUUUGUAAGGAGGUGGAGAAAUGUGUUGAUGAUGCACAGAAAUUAGGCUCACUCUUCACAAGAUAUGAGAGGCGACUUCAUAUGUAUGUCAAGUAUUGUGAAAACAAACCCAAAUCAGAGUUCAUAGUGGCAGAAUAUAGCGACACAUACUUUGAGGAAAUUCGACAGAAGUUGAAGCACCGCCUGCAGCUGUCUGACCUCCUGAUCAAACCAGUCCAAAGAAUCAUGAAGUACCAACUGUUGCUCAGGGACAUACUUAAGUAUACAGAACGAGCAGGGGAAUCCACGGACAGCCUCAAAAAAGCUCUCCAUGUCAUGUGUGUGGUUCCUAAAGCGGCCAAUGAUAUGAUGCAAGUAGGGAGGCUGCAGGGAUUUGAUGGAAGGAUCACAGCACAAGGGAAGUUACUCCUACAAGACACACUGCAGGUGGCAGAGGUGGAGAAGAAUAAAACAGACUACAAGUUCAAGGAACGCCAUGUGUUUCAGUUUGAUCAAAUCACUAUUUUUAGUGAAAAGAUAGAAAGGAAGAAGGGGAAUUUCUCAAAUGCCAACUAUAUUUACAAAAACAGUUUAAAGACCAAUCAGAUGGUAAUGGAGCCUAACAUACCAGACGAACCACUGCGGUUUAUGCUGACAGACAAGUCUCCUGGCUCUGAUGCUAAAUACCUCAUACAGUGUCCCAAUGAAGAAGUCAAAAACAACUGGGUCUCUAGUCUUAAAUCUAUAUUAGAUAUGCAGGGCUUCUUCACCAUAGCCAUUACCAAUCCUACAAAAAUGCGAUCAACAGAUUUGUCAUCACCUGACAUCUCAACAAACCCUUCCAAAGAUUAUUCCUUGCACAAAUCUAUGUCUCAACCUUCCCCCAAGACAAGUAAAACCAACGGGACGACGUCAGGGUCCCCCAACAGCACACUAAGAUCUCAGUCUAUUCCAACACAGUCAUCAAAACCAGACCUCGAAGACUACUCUAGCGACGCAGUCCAAAAAUCUCCUGUCAAAUCAGACAGGGAGGACUCAACCCCCAAACCAAAGAAAUCUGAAGGACACAAGUACAAAAAAUCAAACAGUGACUCUGUGUUUUCAGGAGACCUUGAGAACAAUGACCUUGGUGGGUCAAGGACUUCUGAAGGUUCAAGUAACCAUGUCAACAACACAGAUGAUCAACAACAGCCUGUGGGAAACCUCGUACACAUUGGCAAAGUGAUGUACGAUUACCUAGCCGUGAAGGAGGAUGAAAUCUCGGUGUCCCGGGGAGAGAUCGUACAGGUGGUCUGCUCCAACCAACAGAACAUGUUCCUGGUGUACCGUCCCGCCAACGCCCACUCCCCGGCGGCCGAGGGAUGGAUACCCAUGCAGGCAAUAGGACCCAAAGAUGAAAGUAGUCUAAGGAAAAGUUCUUGGCAACUCUUCAAAAUGAAAAUGCAAGGACUGAGACCGGAGAGAAAAGUGAUGGAAGCCGAGAGGACACCCGAGAGGAAGUGCAAGACCCUGCCUAGAGCCAAUGAACGAGAUAGGAAGGUGUGGUCCCAUGACCUGCUGUAUGAGAUGGUACCGUCAGUUCUCCAGCCGCUGACCCCUAUCACUGUCCAGGCCGGAGAUACCGCGGUCCUCACAUGUAGGAUUUGUGGCAGACCCCGUCCAGAUAUCAAAUGGACGUUCCAAAAUACCACCUCCCUUGAGCCUGGACAGCGCUUCCAAAUAACCAGCAGCGAGGAUGGAUUUGUCUCCCUUGCGGUUAACAGUAUUUCCCUUGCAGAGAGCGGCGAAUAUUCCUGCACAGCGUACAGUGAACUAGGGUCCAUAACAACAAGCACCCACGUGACGGUUCUCUAUCGGCCUGAACCGCCUGGAAAGCCACUAAUCCGUAACCAAGUCGGUACUUCCGUUCACUUGGAGUGGGCCCCGCCCCCUACCCCACUGUCCGGUGGUCAGAUUCAGGGAUAUACAAUCGAAUUACGAGAGAGAGAAAUGGCAAUGUGGCAAGCUGCCAUUCCGUAUGUGCCAAAUACGUCACAGGUCAUAGGUGACCUCGUGACAGGCUGUGCUUACCAGUUCCGGGUCAGCUCCAACAACAGCGUGGGCAUGAGUGAGCCUAGCGUAGAGUCCGACUUUGUCAUCAUUCCCCAAGAAAAUGAAAUGCCCGAGAAGGACGAGGGAACCCAGGCAAUAUGGAAGUCAACGUUUGAUAACGAUUACAAAGAACUGGAAGAAAUCGGCAGGGGAAGAUUUGCAGUUGUGAAGAAAUGUCUACAGAAGUGUUCCAACCAGUAUGUGAGCGUCAAGUACCUGAACAGACGACAGACACGGAAGGAGGAAGUAGAGAUGGAAUUCAACAUCCUCCAUCUUCUGCAGCACGAGAAUCUCGUGCAGUUGUAUGACCUCUACGAGACGGCUAGCAACCUACUUAUUGUCAUGGAAUUUUUGGAGGUUGGUAGACUAUUCGAGUUCAUCUGCCAGCGGCAAAUAUUUGACGAAAUCGAGGCGGCGGACUAUAUCCGUCAACUUUUGACUGCCCUCCAAUACCUGCACAACUGUAGGAUAGUUCAUCUCGACGUCAAGCCGGAGAACCUGAUGGUACAGAACGUGAUGGGGUCCGCCUGUCUAAAGCUGAUUGAUUUUGGAGAUGCCCGGAUUGUAUACAACGAUAAUUACAUACAUGAGUACGCGGGGAGCGCGGAAUUCAGGGCCCCGGAAGUCAUCCGUGGACAGGCCGUCUCUACCCUCACCGACGUCUGGAGUGUUGGCGUCAUCCUGUAUGUUCUGCUGAGUGGCGUGUCGCCAUUCCUUGAUGAAAGCCAAGAAGAAACCUGCGCAAACAUUGUCAAAAACGACUUCUGUUUUCCGGAAGAAUAUUUCUCAGAAAUUUCCAACGAAGCCAUAGAUCUUAUCAAAGUUAUGUUGGUUGACCAUAUUCAAUCAAGACCGUCUGCUCAAGUUUGUUUAGAAAGCCUCUGGAUCCAUCGUGCAUCAAUACCCCGGUCGUCUGCGUCUCGACCAAAACCCAUAGCAACGAACCGACUUGUGGAUUUCAUUGAAAGGAAGAAACUGCAGGGCGAAGCUUGCCUACUAUCUUCCAUCAACUGAUCGACAGAGAGAAGAAGUAAUAAAGUUCUACAUACGUUACAUAAUAUUGACUAAUGUGAUUUGUUUGAAGAUGCAUAUAUUUAUUACCUCAAAUAAAAUGGAAUUGUAAAUAAAUUAUCAUGUUAAAA